UUUUAUAGUCAGAGGCGCUCGCCUGCGCGCGCGCGCGCGCCACCCGCAGCUGGGCGCUGCGGAGUGGACCAAUGACAGUGCUCUCUCUCCGCGCCGGCUCAGGAUUGGGCGAUCCGCGCCAGUUUCUCGGCCAGGCGGCGGGCGGGGCGCACCGAACACUGCCCGCGAUAGGCGCGCCCGCUGCGCCAGAGUCCCGGGAGCGCGUGCGCGGUCUCGCGGCGGCCGCGGGGGCCGGUCUCGCGCGGUCUCGAGGUGGAGUCGCUGGCGGCGGCGGCGGCGGCGACGGCGGCGACUGGCGGCGGGGCGGGGGCGGGGACUGAGGAUUGUGAGGUGGGGAAUCGGGAGUUUCUGGAUUCUUUAUCCGGUAUUUUAAGUGCCGCUGGGGAGCUGUCGUCUCUGCAGUGACUGGGAGCGGCCGGGGCUGGCGGGUCGGCGACCGCCGUGGCGCGGAGAGUAAGAAAGUUAGCUUGGAUUCUAUGAAAAACCAGGGAAGAAAAACUAAGAGGCUAAUAGACAAGGUCUUUCCAAUUUGCAUAAUAUUUCCUUCAUGGAUACAUUUUCAUAGCAUUAUUAUGUGAUGUGAGAAGUUUUUUUUUUUUUUUGUUUUUGUUUUUGAAGUAACAUGGAUUUUAUACUACAGAAUCAAGAGAUUGGCUUUAUAGGAAAAUUUGAGUUAUAAAAAGUGGUCAGGUUCUUUUAGAUAACCAUGACAACAUCCCAUAUGAAUGGGCAUGUUACUGAGGAAUCAGACAGCGAAGUAAAAAAUGUUGAUCUUGCAUCACCAGUGGAACAUCAGAAGCACCGAGAGAUGGCUGUUGACUGCCCUGGAGAUUUGGGCACCAGGCUGAUGCCAGUACGUCGAAGUGCACAGUUGGAGCGUAUUCGGCAACAACAGGAAGACAUGAGGCGUAGGCGAGAGGAAGAAGGGAAAAAGCAAGAACUUGACCUUAAUUCUUCCAUGAGACUUAAGAAAUUAGCCCAAAUUCCUCCAAAGACUGGAAUAGAUAACCCUAUAUUUGAUACAGAAGAAGGAAUUGUCUUAGAAAGUCCUCAUUAUGCUGUGAAAAUAUUAGAAGUGGAAGACUUGUUUUCUUCACUUAAACAUAUUCAACAUACGUUGGUAGAUUCUCAGAGCCAGGAGGAUAUUUCACUACUCUUACAACUUGUACAAAAUAAAGAUUUCCAGAAUGCAUUUAAGAUACACAAUGCUGUCACAGUGCACAUGAACAAAGCCAGUCCUCCGUUUCCUCUUCUCUCCAGUGCACAAGGUCUCGCACAAGAGGUACAAACUGUUUUGAAACCAGUUCACCAGAAAGAAGGUCUAGAGUUAACUGCUUUACUGAAUGCUCCACAUAUUCAGGCACUUUUACUGGCCCAUGAUAAGGUUGCUGAGCAGGAAAUGCAACUAGAACCCAUUACAGAUGAGAGAGUGUAUGAAAGCAUUGGCCAGUAUGGAGGAGAAACUGUAAAAAUUGUUCGUAUAGAAAAGGCUCGAGAUAUUCCACUGGGGGCCACAGUUCGUAAUGAAAUGGAUUCUGUCAUCAUUAGUCGGAUAGUAAAAGGAGGUGCUGCAGAGAAAAGUGGUCUGUUACAUGAAGGAGAUGAAGUUCUGGAAAUUAAUGGCAUUGAAAUUCGGGGGAAAGAUGUCAAUGAGGUUUUUGACUUGUUGUCUGAUAUGCAUGGUACCUUGACAUUUGUUCUGAUUCCCAGUCAACAGAUCAAGCCUCCUCCUGCCAAAGAAACAGUAAUCCAUGUAAAGGCUCAUUUUGACUAUGACCCCUCAGAUGACCCUUAUGUUCCAUGUCGAGAGUUAGGUCUAUCUUUUCAAAAAGGGGAUAUACUUCAUAUAAUCAGCCAAGAAGAUCCAAAUUGGUGGCAAGCCUACAGGGAAGGUGAUGAAGAUAAUCAGCCUUUAGCAGGACUUGUUCCAGGGAAAAGCUUUCAGCAACAAAGGGAAGCCAUGAAGCAAACCAUAGAAGAAGAUAAGGAACCAGAAAAAUCAGGAAAACUAUGGUGUGCAAAGAAGAAUAAAAAGAAGAGGAAAAAGGUCUUAUAUAAUGCCAAUAAAAAUGAUGAUUAUGACAAUGAAGAAAUCUUAACUUAUGAGGAGAUGUCACUUUAUCAUCAGCCAGCAAAUAGGAAAAGACCUAUCAUUUUGAUUGGUCCACAGAACUGUGGCCAGAAUGAAUUGCGUCAGAGACUCAUGAAUAAAGAAAAAGACCGCUUUGCAUCAGCAGUUCCUCAUACCACUCGAAGUAGGCGAGACCUUGAAGUAGCUGGUAGAGAUUACCAUUUUGUUUCACGGCAAGCAUUUGAGGCAGACAUAGCAGCAGGAAAGUUCAUUGAGCAUGGUGAAUUUGAGAAAAAUUUGUAUGGAACCAGCAUAGAUUCUGUACGACAAGUGAUCAACUCUGGAAAAAUAUGUCUUUUAAGUCUUCGUACACAGUCUUUGAAGACUCUCCGGAACUCAGACUUGAAACCAUAUAUUAUUUUCAUUGCACCACCUUCUCAAGAAAGACUUCGGGCAUUAUUGGCCAAAGAGGGAAAGAAUCCAAAGCCUGAAGAGUUGAGAGAAAUCAUUGAGAAGACUAGAGAGAUGGAACAAAAUAAUGGCCACUACUUUGACACUGCAAUAGUGAAUUCAGAUCUUGAUAAAGCCUAUCAGGAAUUGCUUAGGUUAAUUAACAAACUUGAUACUGAACCUCAGUGGGUGCCAUCCACUUGGUUGAGAUGAAGGAAACAUCCGUUCUGUGGUAUGAGUGAAGUUGAUCUGGCAGAUUGCCAGUAGAAAGAUAGCCCUGAUAUUCAGCAGCUCUGAGGAUACCAUGGCAUGCAGUAUAAGCUGAAGACCUGUUCCUAGAUCUUAAGCUAGUGAGAAGUCCCCUUAGGCAAUUUGUGCACAGCAGUCUUUAUUCUCUGUACAUGGCUUAGAGGUUCUUGCCUUAUUUGGGGAUUCUAAAUGGACACUUUGAACAUGGAAGUUCCAUUAUAUCCAUGCAAAACCUUUUUUAAUUCACUUAACUUUUUUCUAAGUAAUAUUUUCAAGAAAAAACGUGUAUAACAGUCCAUGUCUCAGAGUAAUAAAUACUGGUGUUAUUUUAAUAGUAAAUUUAAUGACUUCAAGGGAAUGGGGGUACUGUGUUUCUGUGUACUAGGCAAGACAAUACGUAAAGAGACUGGUUUAAUCAUCAGAAACACUAUUCUGAAGGAAAAAAAAAAAGACAAAACGGUGCCAUUUAGGUCUGGAGUCACUUUGUUAGGUGGCAUUUGUAUGUAUCUAAUUUUUUAAAAAACAUUCCGCUAGGAUGCACCAUUUUUUUUUUUUUAGCUCAGAGUUUGUAGAUCAAACUUCACUGCACAUUUAGCAGUCUCUGAUCUAGUGAAACACAUACAACAUGUAGCUCAUUUUCUUAAAGAUGAUUUUCUGAAAUUUUUUCUUAAAUUGUCACAACUAAUUUGAUAACCUCACUUCCUUUGCCUGAUCUGCAUAGUACAAAAAAUUUUUAUGAAUGACAUGGUCAUACAGUGUUGACUAUUUUAAAAACUUAUGAUGCAAAUAGGUCUUUACAUACAUGAAGACAUAGGCUAUUUGACAGUUUUUGCAUUUUUACAUGAGCACAGUAUAAUUUGGCUGUGCUUAUAUAAGUAAUAAACUGGGUUUCUGUGAUGAAUAUAGCUGCUGUGAUAAUAUUUAACAGAUUUAAUAGAUCUUCAUUGAUUAUACAUUAUACUUGUUCAGCAUUGGAAUAAAAUUACAUUCAUCCUAGGAAAUACCACAACAGUUGACUUUUAGAUUAGAAGGAAAGGAUGAUUGGGGGCAAGUUGGUAAUUUAGCACACGGAAACAGGUCUGUGUCCUAACAAGAUAUGCUCUGUGGCCGGAAUGGAACAGCUUGCUAAAUCAUGUUUAAGCUAACAGGACUUUCAUACUGUGUCUUUAGCUAUAGCUUUAAAGUUCAAUUUCUGUAAAUGGCAUGGAAAGUUGUAGUCUUUUCAUGCCUCUAGAGAUGGUGUGAUGUGUGACAAACAACCUUAAAUGUGAAUGUCUUGAUUUUAUUUUUAAUGAAGAUUUUAACUACAGCGUUCCUAUUCCCAUAGCUAAACACUGGAAUAAUAACUGAAUUGUCACUUAAUUUAACAUAGCAAUGGUUUAUAAUAAGUAGUGUAUCUAAAUGUCAUAUUUGAUAUUUUUUCUCUCUUCUACAUAAUUUUAUUUUAACAUAUGUUAUAUGUUGCCUUUUUCUGUCCAAGUUCAUAUGGCCUUGAAGUUGACUGGAGUAUAUGUCUUACAUGGGAAUACUUUCAAGAUAGUGAUUCCUUAGGAGGAAUAACAUUUCUGAGUGAAGGAGAAGAAUGCCAUACAUAUGGUCUGAUACACUCCAGUUUAUGGCAGGAAAAUGAAGGCCAAGGAAUACAAGCACUUAAUCUUUCCAAUUUUCCAGAUUACUUUCUCCUCAGGAAUGAAAGGUAGUCUGUGGAACACAACAGACUUUUGUGACCUGCUCAUAAUAACUAACACCUAUUUUGAAAGCUAAGAUCUAAAAUGUUGGCAGCGUAAGUUAGACGGAGAUUUCAGGUAGUCAGUUUAUGGCUUUUGCCAGUCUGAGUCAGCCACACUGCAGCAGCAUGCUGGCAAGAUACAUGCAGUUUGUAACAAGCAGAUCUCCUCUACCAGUCACAUGCCAUGCCAUAGUGUACUUUCAUGAAUUCUAAGGUGACAACAGAUAGUUUAGGAUUUUUUGAAGUCCUUUAGUUCUCCCCGUCUUUGUAAGAAUAGUAAAGGGAUAGAAAUACUUUUGUCCCAGACUCUUCUCAGUCCUCAUGAAAUGGGUGUGCUGAUAUUCAACACAGUCCCUAAGCAAAGUGAAACUGAGUUGUUGCUGACUUCCUUCGAAGAAAAGAGGGAAAAGCCUUGCUGUAUCUCCAGCUGCUCUUGUCAGUUUCAUUUCCUGUCCCUCACUGGUUCUGAGACCACGUGUUAAGGUCUCAUCCACUUUUAGAAAUGAUCCCAACAAUCAAUACAGAUGAAAAGUCCAAGCAAGGAAAUAGUUUCCUUUAAUAAAUUUUCUUAAGUCACAACAAACAUAAAAGAGAAUAGUAUUUAGACUUAUCCAGAUUUGCUUUCUAUGAAAAUCUAAUGUCUGGAUUCUUCCCUCCCCCCCCACCUUUUUAUAAUGGCCUAAGAAAUAAGUAUUGAUUUGAAUGUAAUUUUGUGAAUGUGUAUGGAAAAUAUAAACCAGGGAUUUAGCCUUAAUAAAAGGUAACCUUUCUGGCACCUAUUGUUAAUCCACUUUUGUAUUCUCACCUGUAUCUACACUCUUGUUAUUUUCACUCUUGUUAUUUUGAGAAGUCAUAAUGCACACUGUAUCAUAAAAAUAAAAAGUAAAAUUAUAUUUGAAAUUUUAAAAAUAUUUGGCUGUGCUUAUGUCCCUUGCCAUAUAAUGUUUUAACACACCUAAUGACAAUCCAGUAUUCAAGUUUUUACCAGAAGCAAGUCCACUAUAAAUAACCUCAAAGUGGAGCCUUUUAAAAUUUUGCUCUUCACAGUGUGGGGUGGAGGGUGUGCCCAUUAGCAGAGAUGCAGGUUCUGUUUCCUUAAUUGUUAAAAACAAACCCCAAAAAACCCUAUAUUAAAGACAAACAAGGUUGUAAAUUUGAAAGUAGUCUAGAGAAGGGAUGUAAUACUUGGGGCAAUUAGGAUUAUAUGCUGCCAAGGAUUUGAGGACACUGACCAUAGGAUGUCACUUAUUAACAAAUGUGUAGUUCAUUUCUCCAUUCUUCAUUCCUCCUUUUCCUUCUAAACCACUCUUCUCCCAAAAGAAAGGAAAAAUCCAACAGUUUCACACAUACUUGUUGCCCUAGUGCAGCUUUCUACUAUCCUGAUCUGUUCCUGUGGAUCAGAGCACCUCAACCCCACACAGUAAAUUGUCCACUAUUUUCUCCUGUUUUCUUAACAAUAUGCUAAACUGUAAAAUCAUCUGCACUUCUGUAGGAAGCUUAGCCAAAGCCAAUAAAUACUAGCAUUUUAAGAGACCACAGGACAGGGCCCUCCUUGGUGGCAUAACAGGUUAAAACACAAAACUAUGAAGCUAGCCACAGCUGCUUCACCAGG